UCCAACUUCCCCGGCCGGGGUGCGGCGCGGCGGGGCUGCGGACGUUUUUGCUCUGCGCUCCGUUCUCUGCUCCGCUCCGCUGCGCGGGGCCGCGGCGGAUGGCGGCGGGGGUGCGGGGCCGGGAGGCGGCGGCGGCGGCGGAGCUCCCCCGACGGUCAGAGCCCGGCCCGGAGCGGGGAGCGGGCGGCGGAGCGGCGCGGCCCGGAGGGAGCGGAGCGCGGAGGCGGCGCUCACCAUGGCCGACCAGAGCAACAUCCAGUCGGCGGCCUCCAAGAGCAUCCGCCCCUUCCGCUCGAGCGAGGAAUACCUGGAGGCCAUGAAGGAGGACCUGGCCGAGUGGUUCAACGCGCUCUACGACCUGGACAUGGCGGCUGACACCUUCCUGGAGGCGCUGGCCACGGGCUGCGACCUCUGCCAGCACGCCAACAACGUCAACCGUGUGGCCUUGGAGUUCCAGCAGCGGCACCCCGAGGCGGCCGCCCGCAUCCCCCGCAACGAGGUCACCUUCCAGGCCAGGAACGUGGCGCCCGGCUCCUUCGUCGCCAGAGAUAACGUCUCCAACUUCAUCCGCUGGUGCCGGCAGGAUCUGGGCAUUCAGGAUGUCCUCAUGUUCGAGACUAACGACUUGGUGCUGAAGAAGAAUGAGAAAAACGUCAUCCUCUGCCUGCUGGAGGUGGCCAGGAGGGGCUCCAAAUUCGGCAUGCUGGCCCCCAUGCUGAUCCAGAUGGAGGAGGAAAUCGAGGAGGAGCUGCGGGACCAAACGUGCGGGGUGCUGGGGGCGCCCAGGGGCAGCCAGGCCCUGCGCCCCACGUCGCCCGCGUACCCCGGGCAGGCACAGCGCGUCUCCCUGUGCGACCUGAGGAACCUGGAUGAGCUGGUGCGGGAGAUCCUGGGCUGCUGUACGUGCCCAGCCCAGUUCCCCAUGGUCAAAAUCUCAGAGGGUAAAUACAAAGUGGGAGACUCCAACGCGCUGAUCUUUGUUCGAGUGCUGAGGAGCCACGUCAUGGUGCGUGUCGGCGGUGGCUGGGACACACUGGAACAUUACCUGGACAAGCACGACCCGUGCCGCUGCUCCUCCCUGUCUCACCGCCUGCCCCCCGCCCGCACCCUGGCCUUCUCCCCACCAAAACCCGCCGUCAGCAGUGCCAGCCCCGCACCCCACGCCCCCAGCCCCAGCACCCCACGCCGCGCUGACGUGACCAGCCUUGGGGACAAGCGGCCACCAGGCUGGGGGGACGUCAACUACGGCAGGACAGAGCGAGGCAGCACCCCGAAGUCUGCGCCUGGAGCUGUCCUGCCCCCCCGGGCCCCCGCCAGCCCAUCCAGGAGCCCCGCCAGCGCACUCAGGCCCCGUGACUCCACCCGCACCCGCCGUCACUCCGGGGACAGCGACUCCUCAUCAGCUUCAUCGGUGGGACCCCCGCGGGGUCACCGCCCUCCGCCCGCUGCCUGCCCCUCUCCGCGCCGCCCGCCGCCGGGACGCAGCCGCUCGGGUGACCGCAGCCCCCUCCCCCUGCGCACCGCCGUCGCUCCGGGCAGCGGGGAGGAGCGCGGCCGGCCGCGUGUCGCAAACGGGCCGGGGCUGCCACGUGCCCGCAGCCAGGGCCGGCCCGGCGCUGACGCCGUGCUGCUGAUCCGACGCGGACGCGACGGGCAGCACUCGUGGACACGUGCUGACAGCGCGCCCCGCGCCGCGAUGCGGCCCUCCGGCCCUCGGCGCUCCUCUCUGCCCGGGGACGGGGCUGAGGACAGGGAUGGGGACGCCUUCCAAGAGGAGCUGGAAGAGCUGGCGAGGAGGCUGCGGGCGCCGCUGUGCCUGGAACCCGGGCAGGAACAGCAGCUGCUGGGGCGGCUGGAGGAAGAAUUUUUGGCCAACACGCGGCUGAUGGAGCUGGGGGACGGUGAGCCCUCGCCCCCCACCCGCCCCACGCACGGGACGUUGGAGCCUGGCAGCGGGGCGGCCGCCGACUCGGCUUACUGCUCCUCCUCGUCCUCUUCAUCCUCCCUCAACGUGCUCAGCAACAAGCACGGCUGUCUGCCCGAGGACGGCCGUCGCAACGGGGGUCCCCCGGCCGCCCCCCACCCGCAGGAGCGCUGUGGCCGCCCCUCCAGUUCUUCGGAUGAGAGCAGCUGCGUGCCGGCCUCCGGUGCCGAGUCUGACCCCGAGUGGGUGCCAGCAGUGGAAGACGAGGGGAUGGAGACCGCGGUCGUGCCGGGGAUCCCCGUAUCCCCCGCCCUGCGGCCCUGCGCCCGGCCUCGGCUGGACGCGCAGCCCGGCAGGAAGCCCACCCGCAUCCCUGCACCCCGGCCCCCCGCCGGCCCCCCACCCUGGAGGGCGCUGCACAGCGUCCUGGCCUCGCUGCUGGAGCCUGGGAGGGCACCGCGGGAGGAGGAGGGGCUGCAGGAGGACGCCUGGCCGUGAGAAGGACAAGGUGGUGGCUGCGGCCCCCCGGAGUGGGAUGUGCGGGCACUGGGGCACGGUGGGAAUGGAUGCUGUCACGGUGGCGCUGGAGGGGGCUGAUGAACCUGGGUGUGAUCGCAGUGCUGCCAGGAGCUGUGUCACGGCGUUGGGAACGGGUCUGGGAGCAGCCAGCUCUGCUCAGCUCCUCUGCUCUUCAACCUUCUUCCUUCUGCUCCGUCCUGCUCCCCUCGCCUUCCAUCCCUCCCUCUCUCCCCACCUGGGGACACGCAGCUCGUCACCAUGACCCGUACCCAGGGGACGUCCCCUCUUCCCCUGCAGCAUCUCCCCCAGCACGGGCUGCCCUGCAGCUCCCGGAGCCAGUAAAGCCCAAGGAAGGAGCUGAGCCUGCCUGCUGUCAUCUGUCCACAGAGGUCUGUCCGUAGAGCUGCAGGUGCUGGGAAUGGGGCUGCACUCUUGGCUUCCUGUGAAGCAUCCCUGGCAGGGUGAUGCCCACGGCUCAGGGCUGCCUGGGAGCACUUCCCCCCUUUGUCCUUUCCUGAGUCCUUCCCAGCACAGUGGUAUCAGGGAAGUUCUUCACAGAGAGCGGUGAGGUGCUGGAACAGCUGUCCAGAGAGGCUGUGGAUGCUCCAUCCCUGGAGGUGUUCAAGGCCAGGUUGGAUGGAGCCCGGGGCAGCCUGCUCUGGUAUUAGGUAUGGAGGUUGGUGGCCCUGCCUGCGGCAGGGGGUUGGAACCUGAUGAUCCUUGGGGUCCCUUCCAACCCAUUCUGUGAUGUGUUGUAAUAUAUAUAAGCUGAAGGUCUUCUGUUCCAAAGAUGUGUGGCUGGGGUGGAGGUAAUCCAUCACACAUCUGACAUCAUGAAUAAAGAAUGCCUGCUCGCUAA